UAUAUGUGUGCGCUACGCGAGGAGCAAAUAAAGAAAAACGAGAAAUCUACGCGCAAAUCAGCGUCACCGAAAAAAAAUGUACGUGCUACGUGGGUGAUUGUAUACCGUAAUAAGCGAGAGCGAUAUUUUUAUUAUCAGAGCCCAGGAUCGUACAUAUAGCCAGUGUAGCUAAGGCGCGCACGAGGAUCCCAGCAGUAUGCACAUAAUAAACUUCUGAUAUACUUAUGUAUACAUGUGUGGGUAUUGUACGUAUGUAUAGCUGCUAGUAUAGGACCGCUUGUGUCAUAUAUACAUAUGUAUAUAUCUAGGCAGCAAGUGAAAACUAAAUAAGUGUCUCAUUGGCACUUUCCGAGUUUCGUGUACCAUAUAUCGCGCGUGCUGCACACACACGGCAGUGCACGAGGGUGGCAACUGGUCGAAUCAGCGACGCAAUUAUUUCCCAUAAAUAUAUGCAUACAUAUAUGUGUACAUCAUAUCGUUUGUUUGUAUUCCUGUAUUAUAUAUCGCGAGUGCUUGGUUAUAAUCGAUGACUGCGUUUCAGCGAUAGAAGCUGUGCAAAUAGUAAUGAUAGAAAGCCUCAAAAUGCGACUUUGAUCCAUCAGACUCGGGAAUAGCUUAUUGUGAUACUCGUUUUAUCCUAGUGAAAAAAAAAGGAGUGUCGAUAUUAUAAUAAGAAAUUGUCAGCGUGGCGCAACUUACAUACAAGUAAAUACGUCUGACAAAAUGAAUAAACUAAAAUGGAAAUGGGCUGCUUCGGCCUUGGUAUUGCUCUUCAUCGAGGUUCAAUCAUUUUAUGUCCCAGGAGUUGCACCUGUAGAAUUCAAAAAAGGCCAGAAAAUUGAUGUGAAAGCUGUCAAAAUGACUAGUACUCAUACACAACUACCUUAUGAAUAUUAUUCACUACCUUUUUGUUUACCAAAAAAUGGUACCUUAUUUUAUAAGUCUGAAAAUUUAGGAGAAAUUUUAAGAGGGGAUAGAAUUGUCAAUACGCCUUAUGAAGUUGCAAUGGCACAAGAUAUAUCUUGCAAACUCCUUUGUCAUAAACCAACAGAACCAAUGACAUGGAAAGAAGAAUAUUCUUCACUGGUCAUGGAACGAAUUCAACAUGCUUACAUUGUCCAUUUGUUGAUUGACAAUUUGCCAGCAGCAACUAAAAAAAUUAAUAAUGGAGAUACUAUUGUAUAUCCUGGUUAUUAUUUGGGUGGUAUUGAUGAGAAAAAUAGAGUGUAUAUUAACAAUUAUUUGAAACUGAAAUUGACCUACCAUAAGCAUGGAGAAAAUGAAUUUAGAGUAGUUGGUUUUGAAGUAGAAGCUUUGUCAGUUGAUUAUAACCAAGUAGGCCAUGAUGGCGGUACUUGUAAAAUUCCACCACAAGCUAGUCCACAAUAUGUCAAUCCAAAAGGAACUAAAAUUCUAUUUUUCUAUUCUGUUGAAUGGAAAGAAUCUGAUAUUAGUUGGGCUAGUAGAUGGGAUAUUUAUCUUGGAAUGAAUUAUGUAGAAAUUCAUUGGUUUUCUAUAAUCAACUCAAUGGUAGUUAUAUGUUUCUUGUCUGGAAUUAUAUCUAUGAUUAUGAUAAGAACAUUAAGAAGAGACAUAGCAAGGUACAAUGCGGGUGAUAGUGAUAGUCUUGCAGGAUUAGAUGAAACUAUUGAAGAAACUGGGUGGAAACUUGUCCAUGGAGAUGUAUUUAGACCUCCUACUAACACUCGUCUUUUUGCUGCUGUUAUUGGUAGUGGCAUUCAAAUAUUUUUUAUGACAUUAAUGACUAUAUUUAUAGCCAUGCUUGGAAUGCUUUCACCAGCUAGUAGAGGAGCUCUAGGAUCUGGUGUGAUUUGUUUUUUCAUUAUUUAUGGACUAGUAGGUGGGUACCUUUCAGCAAGAUUAUAUAAGACAAUGCGAGGAAAAGAGUGGAAAAAAGCAGCUUUUCUGACUGCAACUUUAUAUCCUGGCAUAGUAUUUGGAACAUGUUUUUUCCUUAAUUUUUUCAUUUGGGGAAAGCACAGUUCAGGUGCAGUUCCUUUUGAAACAAUGCUUUCUUUGCUUUACCUUUGGCUUGGUGCUUCGUUACCAUUAGUUUAUUUGGGUUACUACUUUGGCUAUCGUAAACAACCUUAUACUCAUCCUGUUAGAACUAAUCAGAUACCAAGACAAAUCCCUGACCAAUUAUGGUACAUGAAUCCUGCAUUGUGUACUCUGAUGGCAGGUAUAUUACCUUUUGGAGCAGUUUUUAUUGAAUUGUUUUUCAUUUUGACUGCAUUUUGGGAAAACCAAUUUUACUACCUUUUUGGCUUUUUGUUCCUAGUUUUUAUCAUCUUAGUAAUAUCUUGUUCUCAAAUUUCUAUUGUUAUGGUUUAUUUCCAGUUAUGUGGAGAAGAUUAUAGAUGGUGGUGGAGAAGUUUCAUUGUCAGUGGAGGAUCAGCUGUAUACUUGCAGGCAUAUUCAAUAUUUUAUUUCUUAACAAAAUUAGAAAUAACAGAGCUGGUUCCUACUUUGAUGUAUUUCGGUUACACAGCCCUGAUGGUUAUUACAUUUUGGUUAUUAACUGGAACCAUUGGUUUCUAUGCUUCCUACAUGUUUAUUAGAAAAAUUUAUGCAUCAGUUAAAAUAGAUUAGUUAUCCGAAAUAACUUUGUUAGACAGUGAUACCUCUUUUGCCAAAAUGGUAUUGAUAAAUUUCUUUGUUUCCGUCAUAACUACUUUUCAUUUGAUAUGAUUGCCAGUUAGAAUCACAAAUUUAAUUUAUCUCAAUAAUUUUAAGAUCAGAAUUACUUAUUCAUACAUAUUGUAAGAUCAGUAACUUACUUUUUUUUACAUUUCGAUCUUUGUGAACCAAAUUUUCUGCUCUUUAACAAUUUAAUUAAUUAAUAAUUAAGGUCUUUUUAGGAACACUGAUCCUAAGUUAAUUAAAUGUUUAUAAAUGUUAAAAAUGUAAAUUAACUACAAACAUGUGUGUACAAAUCAAAGUCGAACCAUCAUUUUUAUACCACACCAUCAACAUAAUAUGCGACAGCGUGUAAAUAAAAAGACAUCUCUUAGAAUAUUUUAUAGAUAUUAAAUUGUAUAAUUUUAUACAAUUAUUAGUAUUAGGAUUUAUAAAUAAAGCAAAUUAUUUCUAACAGUUCAA